CGACAACAAUAAAAGCGAAAACUCUGUUGAAGAAAGGCACGAUCAUGGAACAACUAUAAUUCGAUGAGCAUCAAGAUGUUGACCCGAAGGCAUGGAGAGUCUCGGUUCCCCGUCGUGGGCCUCAGGUGAUGCGGUGGAGGCGUCACAUCAAACGCCUUCCCCUGUCAGCUUUGGACUGAAUCAUAUUAUGGCGUGCCGGUUCUUGAUGUCGUGCUGAGCGUAUCGACUGCUCGAAUAUAAUCGGAGUGCUGAGCCAGCAGCGGAGAACGCGUGGAAAUCGUAGUCAUGUUCUUGUUGGGCAAGAAGUCUCCAGAAACCGGGAACGGCUCGCCCUCGCCCUCGCCGGCGGACAGUGUCACUAGCACUGACAGCAACUUCUCGGAUGAGGAUUUAACCGCUUUGGUAAAGCGGACUUGGCGCGAAAAGCUCGAACUAGGUCGCGAGCGUGAUGAAAUCACCUUAGUGAGCAAGAAGGACAGCAGUUCCGAUCGGGAUUACCCCUCCAGCAUUACCGGCUGUUCAGCAGGAGAUAAUGCAGAUGAAGAUAUUUAUACUGUGGAGGUCGGGAAAGCAACAUCAUCAUGGAAGAACGGGGUACAGGAUUACAUCUUCACGAAUCGACAGCGAACAUUUGCGCGUAUUCAAAUUCUCCAGGCCGCGCGCGUUGUGUUGACCCUAAUUCUUGUCGCGUUAACGGUGUUUACAAUUCACUACUCACUAGCAUGCUUCGGGUCUGCCGAUAAGGACGCGUGUGAGGUCGCGACUGC